AUGGUCUUCCUUAUCCACUUCACCAAUGAGAUUGCAACGCCGAUGUCCUAUCAUUGGGGACACGAGACCUAUAAAGCGUGUGCAGAUUGUGUCCGCGCUCAUGAAGUCCGCGCUUGUCUAGGAGAGACGAUUGUGAGGUUCCAGCUGUGUGAGAAACACGUUGAAGCAUCCAAGGACUUGACCUUCGACAGCCCCAUGCUCAACGAGAUCCGCCGAACAAUCCAUGCACUGUAUUCUGAGAUGGGCAAGACCGACAUUCCAACAAAGGAACUGCAGGAAAACGUCAAGAUCACGUUUGACGCGGAUCCCACCACCGCCCAAGAUACCGUCAAGAACAAGAGUCGCCCAUACCCAACUGUCGUCUACGUGCACGACAAGGGAUGCGUCUACGUGGACAAGCCAGACAUAUUGAUCAAGAAGCUCGCAGAGGUGGCGAAGAUGGACCAAUUUGCACGAAAGCGCCUGAACAACAUCAAUACCCUGAUCGAUAUCCAUUACCGACUUGACGCCGGCAAGAACCCAGAAACCGAGCUGCGUCGAUUUCUCGACUAUGUCAGCGAGCACCACCCACAUUUUCUCCCUGGGCGGGGGGAUUCUGAGCCGAACCCCGAGCUGGAGGCCGAGUUCAACCUCGUGUGUAACCGAUGGACUGCAGCAGGGGAGUUCAAGCAAAUGAAGGAGGAGAAGAGUCGGUUGGAGGCGUGCUUGGCGACGUCCACGCUGGCUAAAGCCAUGUACUUCAAGGGAUGA